GCCCAGAGUAUUUGGCCACCGCUGAUCCUGGUUUGUUUUGGACGUUGGUGCGACAUGCGAGCAACCUCUACUUGCCGGCAGAGGCCAUGGGGUCGCUACUCUCCAUGUCAGCCUUCCAGUUCAAACCGAGUGAACGCACGAAAGAUGAAUAUUCUCCGAAAGAAGAUCAACUCCAUCUGAGUGAUCACGAAAGGGCUCGACGCGACGCAGAGGUACGAUAUGCAGGUAACAAAAAGCAGACUGAGCAGUAUCUUCAGGCGUUGAAUUGGACGACAUGUAGUUGUUCUAGUACUUCUGCGACCUCUAGCUCCUCAUCUCCUGAGACGAACAGUUUAUCGAGCUCUAGCAGCUUCCUCGAAGGCAUCGUAGCGGCAAGUUUGUCCAGAUACGCACUAAUUGCUAGUGGAG